AUGGCCAUGAGUUUGGCUCAAGAUACAUCGGACGAACUAAAUGCAUUUAGGGAAAACGCUGAUAGUGAGUUUCAUGAAAUUUUUAUAAAAGCAAAAAAUAUUGCCAACAAAUUUGAAUCACCUUUAAAGAUACCAAGAAUAUCUAAUGUUCAAAAAAAUAGAAUGAAUAUUAAAACUGACGACCUCGAAAAGUACUAUCGCAUAUCCAUAUUUAUUCCAUGUAUUGACUCAUUUAUUAAUCAGCUCAAAACUAGAUUUAUUGACCAUAAAACUAUUUUAAAUGGCUUUCAAUCACUUUUUGACACAAAAGGAAGUGAAGAUGAUUCUAUAAAAUUAAUUGAUACAUACAAAGAAGAAUUCAAUUCACCUACAUCAGUUGUACUUGGAGAGUUCAAGUUAUGGCAAAGAAAAUUAAGUAACAUGAACGACAAGCCAAAUAAUGCAAUUGAUGCAUUGAAUAUAUGCAAUAAAGACAUGUAUCCUGGUAUAUUCAAUUUGCUUCAAAUUCUAGCAACACUCCCUGUAUCGACUGCGUCAAAUGGAAGAACAUUUUCGAAAUUAAAGUUAAUAAAAACGUACUUACGUAAUACUAUUUCUGAAAAUAGACUUAAUGGAUUGGCUAUGAUGUCCAUUUAUAGAAAAGAUUCUCUCUUACCAGAAGACAUUUUAGAUGAACUUACUCGGCCCGAAAAGAAGCAAUCAAUAUGGGAUGUCUAG